AUGACUGAUGGUAUGAGACAUGAAUUAGAUGAGGAAUUAAAAGAUAAGGAAGCAACAGAGGAGUCUGCCUUACGUACCUGCAUAGAGGUAGAUGUACCCAAGUUGGAAGAUGCAUUAAAAGAGGAGAGUAUUGCAAGGGAUAGGAUGGAGAGUAAAUUAUUAGAAGAUGCUCAUAGUGAAAUAGAAAGGCUUCAAGAGGCAUUGAAUAAGGAGAAAACCCAAAG